CUCGCCUCUUACUUUGACUUCGACCUUACAAUCUGCAGUGUUCAAAUUGCUACAAUCACUAGCUCGGCGAUACUGGUCGCCCUGUACGUCGCGAAGGGAUCUUUACGGUGACUCUACACCGGCCACACAAGCCCUUUCCGCGCUAUAGGACUGAUGACGGCCGUCGAAUCCCUCCUCCCUUCCCUGUCUCAGCCGAGUCUAGUCAAGAUGGAAGAGCGCAAGAGACCUAGUCCAUAUGAUCAGGUUGAAUCUGCUCCUCCGCUGAAGAAACAGGCUACUUCUGCCAAUGGCGCGUCCAAGCCCCAUAAGGACGAUGACAUGCCAUGGAAGGACGACCUUGAGCGGUUUCAGAAGGACGCGAUUUAUCGGCAGAUGCAGGAAUACCGAAGGGAAAAGAACACAUUAGAGUCACAAUUAAAAGAGAUGCGCCAACAGGCGCGAUAUCAUGAUGACCACCUCCGCAUAAUCGACGCUUGGUUCCAGCAAGUAAUUGACGAGGUUAAGAUCAUUGCAAAGGCAGAAGAUGACGACGAUGUUGACAUGGACGUCUCUUCACUACCUUCAUCCCUUCUGUUCGCGGACAAUGAAAAAUUCGAAGAACACCUACGCAGUCGUUCCCGGGAGAUCAAGAGCGUGAUAUCCCGGUUGUUCGCUCCUACCAAGUCGUUCUCACCCGACGUAACAGAAUUGCAAUCGAGGAUAUCUCGGCUGCUUGCCGCCGAGAAGGACCACGUGACGGAAUUGGCUAGAUUACAACAGGAGAAGGAAGAUCUGGAAUACCGGCUCGAAAAUGCGUCGCUACGGUACAUGAUGGCCGAAAAGAAGAUCGAUAGGGCCAAAAGUGUGACUGUGGCCAAACUCGAGAAGCAAGCUUUGCUCGGUGCAACGAAACCGGCAACCGAAGAAGGCGGGCCUGUAAAGCGGGAGGACAGUGCGACCAAUGGAACGACCGAUCAUUCCGAAGAGCUUGCAGAAGUGGAAAAGGAACUAAACAAGACCGUGGCCGCUUCGGAAAAGCAGAAACAGCAACUUGAACGGCUGGAAGAGGAAAACGCGAAAUUGAAUGCACAAUUGACCGAGUUGACGACCAAGUCGGUCAUAUUGACCGACGAGGAUUACUCCAAAACUGAACUAUUCAAGCAGUUAAAGUCGCAGCACGAGGAUGUGAUCAAACGGAUCAACAACCUCGAAGCGACCAACACCGAAUUGCGAGAAGAAGCCCUGAAAUUGAGGGCAGAGAGGACCACGUUCCAGCUGCAGCUCGAAAAUGAGGCGCGCGUUGCUAUUUCCGAAAAGGAGUCUUUGUUGGCUGCGUCAGAGGCCAAUCUUGCCCGAAUUCGACACAACCGAGACGAGCUGUUGGCCGACCAAGCGGUAAAGAGAGCCAGCCUCGAACAGGAUCAGCAAGCCGUGAAGAAAAUCAAGGAGUUGGCGUCGGCGCAAGAGGACCGUAUCCGAGCACUUGAAUCCGAGAACGUCAGACUGAGCGUGCAAACGAGCGGGAUGGCGGUGGAUAGCUCAGAAUUGGAUGCGCUGAGUAUCGAGGACUUGCGAGCCAAGUACGCGGAACUCGAAAGGCGGUAUGCUCUGUUGAACAGCGAACUGGGGUCCAUGUCCAUAGCGUACCAGAAGACCAGCAAGCUCGCCAAUCAGAAAGUGACCGAGUUCGCUGCGCUGGAGGAGAAAGUGAUGCGGCUUUCGGCAGAGAAGGCCAAAGCCGAUCAGAAGUUCUUUGCUGCAAUGAAGAGCAAAGAAACUCGAGACGGCGAAAUCAGAACGUUGCGGUUGCAGAACACAAAGUCGGCCGAGGCGGUCUCGCAGUUGAAGGAAGCCGAAAACGCCACGCGAGCGCUCUUGGCGACGAUGGAAAAGCAGUUGUCCGAACUUAAGGAGGCGCUGGCGCAUAAGACCAACGAGCAUCGGACGGUGCAGCAGCAGAAUAUCACGCAAGGCCUAGAAGUGUCGAGGUUGAAUGGGCAGGUGACCGAGCUGAAGAAUCUGUUGGCCGCCAAGGACUCCAAGUUGGCCACGACGGCGAACCUGUGCCGCGCCGCCGAGGUGGAGUUGGAAGAGUUGAAGUCGACGCUCAAAGACACGCGGAGGAGCCUCGAGACGUGGAAGAGUAAAAGCGGUCAGUCGGAACAGUACGAGAUGCUCCGGCAGUUUGCAUACUGCAACAUCUGCAAACGCGCGCUGAAAAACACCGUCAUCAAGACGUGUGGCCACACCUUCUGCAACGAGUGUGUCGAGGAACGAUUGACUUCGAGGUCGAGAAAAUGCCCCAACUGUGGCAAGUCGUUUGGCACCAAUGACCAUAUGCGGAUCACUCUCUAGACUAGACUAGAUCAGAGGAUUAUGAUCUCCUCAAAUCAACCUGAUUCAGUCGGCUCAACAAAUGAGCUCAGCUGUGAGCGUCUGUGGCUGCUCAAUUGAGUUGAGCUUCUGCAUGAUGUCUUGAGUCGCCUGACUGUAUAUUGAAUACAUCCAUUCAAUCAUAUUCGACUCUCUUCCUCUUUGUUUCUUUUCUUUUCUACUACCCUUGCGGAGGGUCUCCUUUGUCGGGCGAUUUGUGUAAAUCAUGCACUGCAUGCAAUAUGCGUCUUUGUUUGCUUUCCGUUCAAAGACCAGGGGUUUUGAAGCGUUUGUCGCUCAUAGGCGUGCAGAAGGAGCUGGGUCUGGGUUUGAUCAUUGGAGACGACUGCCAAUGGAGCUUACUUGGUUGACUCUGGCUAGCAGCUGUGAAAGCGAGUGAGCUCAGAGGUUGGUUCAUAGAUUGAUCAGAUACUACUAAUACUGUAGUAGCCAAUGACUUCCAAUCUCGCCAGUGCAGUGUCGGAAACUGGUCAAAGUCAACUCUUUUCUUC